GAAACGCGCUGCACACGGCCGUUCGCCAUCGCCCGUAAAAUGUCGUCCAGAUCAAAGGAGAAAGUAACGGCCGCCAUUAGGAAGUUCUUCAAAAGCUCCGAGAGCAAGAGCAAAGAAAGCAAGGACAAGGAUGGCACCGGCACCCACAUGGCCGCGGCGACAGAUGCAUCCGAGCCGAACCACCUGCACUUGCCGCACGGCCAUCACCACCAUCCGGCGUCUCAUUCGGGACCGUGUGGGAGUGGGAGUGGUGGAUCGGCGGUUGGAGGGACAGUGGCGGGAGCCGGACCCAACGGGGGUCCUGGGAUGGUGGGGUCCAACAGCAAUGGCGGCACUGGCAACAGCAACAGCAAUAGCAGCAGCAAUAGCAAAGCCACUACCGACAGCCCGAUGCGGCGGUUGCGAUGUGUUGUGGCUCCGACCAGCACUGCCAUGGUGAACGUUCCUGUUUCGAAACCACUCGACACCACCAUCCGUUCGAGGCGGCUGAUGAAGGAGCUGAAGGAAAUCGAACGGUUACAGCACUCCCGAACGGAACCCUGCUUUACGGUCGAGCUGAUCAACGACAACCUGUAUGAGUGGCACGCGCGGCUCUACCGGAUCGAUCCCGACUCACCGUUAGCCGAGGACCUGGUCGAGUUGAAUAUCCCCUUCAUCCUGCUGCAUCUGGUGUUUCCGGAGAACUUUCCUUUCGCACCACCGUUCAUGCGCGUCGUCGAGCCACGGAUCGAGAAGGGGUUCGUGAUGGAGGGCGGUGCCAUCUGCAUGGAACUGCUGACGCCCCGUGGUUGGGCGAGUGCCUACACGGUUGAGGCGAUCCUGAUGCAGUUCGCAGCGAGCUUGGUGAAAGGACAGGGUCGCGUCUCGCGGAAACCAAAAGCCACCAAGGACUUCAGCCGCCGGACCGCAGAAGAGGCCUUCCGAUCGCUGGUGAAAACGCACGAAAAGUACGGCUGGGUGACGCCCGCCCUCAACGACGGCUAGGAGGUGGAUUCCGGGGCGUGACAUGUGAUUUUCAUUUAUCCCCACGAGAGAGCAGAUGCGUCAUUUUCAUUCGCUUACAAAACCGUUCGUUUUAUUUUCCUACAUUAAAACCUCCUUUUGAACCACUCCCUGAGCGAGACGAUAGGCUCAGUCCUUUUACGAAGCAGGAUAAAGAUCGAAACACUACUCAACGCAGAUGAAACGUUUACUUAUGCUAUGUGAUCUCAAAACGUGGAAAUAGAUAUAUUUUUCAACCACCCUUCCGUCUCUAGCUCGUGAUAGAACAAGAAUGCACUAUUGGUAUCGGAAUUAUUUUGAGCGUCAGGUUGUCCUUUUGUCCCUUUAUCAAACUGGCGGUAACAUUUGUCUAUUGUUGCCGUGGUUUACGUGAACGAACUCCGCGCGGAUACGCAAAAUGGAGCGAUUUUCCUGCUUUGUUAGGGAAGAUUAUAAGAGAGAGAGAGAGAGAGAGAGAGAGAUAAAAAUAUAGAUAGAGACAGAGCAAACAAGAAUACACGUAGCAUGCGCCGAUCGAAGCAACCCAAAAUCGAGCUGUUCCCUCCUUAAGUAAUGUACAAAGCGCGAACCAGCAAAAAGCGAAACAUAAAACGCCGUCAGUGAGCUCGCGACACAGAUAGGAAAUGAAUUGUAUUUAACUGCGUCCGGAGGUUAGUAUCGAAAUGUAGGCACGAAAGCACACGCGUCCUUUGAACAAAAAGGCAAAAACCCGUCUCCUCCUUGUUGAUGUUGGUGUGUAAUAGAGGAAAAGCUUUGCUCCCAAGAAUCAGGACGUUGGUAUGGACCUGGGCGUCAUACGUACGAAAAGGACACCCGGAUAGAAGAAAACGCAAACGACAGUGUACUUGUGGAGCAGGUUCACAAAGUAUUAGCGCAGUGACAGGCCCUUUUGAAGGUGAAACACAAAACUAACAAACCCCCGUUGCUUGUGAUUGAAUGAGUUAGUUAAACCCUAUGCGUGUUAUGCCUGGAUGGAACGAGGCGGCUUCGUUUACGAAAUUGUUCAUCAAUUGUAUGUGUAAGAUUUUUGUAAAUAAACGGCAUAUUUUAUUGGUAAGAGAUGUACGCAAAC